UAGUGUCGUUGUUGUAGGAGAGAAUGGUAGUAAUGUGUAUCGCGGAGUAUCGUGCACCCUGAAGGACGUUGCCAUCGUCGAUCGCCGAGUAUCCGAUCCUCUUCUUCUUCCUCUUCGUAUCGUCUAAGGCAUUCUCUCGUUCGAUCGAGUCGAAAGGCUUCUCAUCUCCAACGGGACCAACCAAUUCGUUUUUAAACCUGGUUUUCGUGACCUGUUUCGUGAUUCACGUUUCCACGGAUGCUGGAGAGCCUCGAGGACGACGGCGAGUACCUGUUUCUCAGUAUCGUAGCUUGCAGUGGUGCCGUGUGAGGUGAACGUAAUACCAAUCGGUGUGAAAUCCGAUUUCAGUAAGGAAAUAGACGGAAAAUAGAGAAGAAAAAGAAGAGGAAGAAGAAGAAGAAGAAGAAGAAAAAGAAGAAAAGAAGAAGAAGAAGAAGAGGAUACCAAGAUGCCCUGUUCCGCGGUGACGCUGUCCCUCGCGACCAUAACCGGUAUCAUUGCCACUGGCCUCCUGGCGAUCGCCUUUUCUACGGACAACUGGCUCUACACCGAGGUCAAGCGCGCCCAAAUCCAGCAAUAUGCAGCCAAGCAUGCCGAGCAGAGCCACUUGGUAGAGCAAAUGAAUACGAAGUACUAUUACUACACGAGGACGCAGGGUCUCUUCAGGAUAUGCUAUCCCAAGGAGAGGCCACCGACUGUUCAAACCUACUUAAGUCCUGUGGAGACGCACUGCAUGAACAUCAAUUACUUCAUCCCCGACGAGGAAAAUCUAACGAGGGGUUUCUCCGACGACGCUAUGACUCGACUUCACAUGGGCAGAUCUGUGAUAGCUCUGUUUAUAGUGGGAUUCGUUGCAAUCUUUACGGCAUUCUGGACGGGAGUGGUGGGCUGUUGGAAGAGGUCACCAGGAAAUAUCACAGCCACCGCAAUCUUGAUGUUGCUAGCAUGCUUGUUGAGUGCUAGCGCUAUGGGACUUUGGCACGGGGUGGAAUAUUACGAGAAAGAGAAAAUCGUCGGAGAAGAGUAUUACCAACAAUGGAGCAACUAUAUCCUCAAAAGCAACAAUACGCUUAUGCCGGUUACCCAGCACCGGCGGCAUAUCCAGGACCUUACUAUCAUGGAUCGCAGUACGGACCGUACAACUAUUGAAGAAAUCCCGUGUCAUCUCUAUCAACAGAGGAAAGAGUCUAGAGCGCAGAGCGUAAAACGUGCUCGCAGUGAACGAAAGCGAAAUCUGGCAAGCAACGAUCCCCGAAAGGGGACACUAAAACAGAAACAAAAACAAAAACUCCGGAAAAAAAAAGGACUCCGAAAGGCCGAUCGCAAGUCUCAAAUCGAGCCUGCGCGAAGAAAGGAAACAGAAAGCAGAGAAAAAGGACGAUCGUGGGUCCCGCCCUAGGAAUAAUUUAUCAUUUGUUUGAAACGCUACGUUACACGUUACUUUGUGGUGCACAUCCGCGGCUCCCACGAUCUCCGAUCUCCGUUUUCUCUUUCGGCAGGUAUUCGUUUGGAACGCGAUCGUUCGCACAGAAAUCAAUUUGACUCGCGAGAGAGACAGUUGCUCAAAAAAACAGCCUUACUUAGAACUCGGAUGACCAUAUACAUAUACAUGAUGUUUCUUUCUUUUUUUUUUUCUUUUUUUCUUUCUUGAAUCUAAUAUUCUUUGCUAUAUUAUACUUCGUACGUGCUGAUCGUGCUAGGAAAAUAAUAAUAAUAAUAGUAAUAGUAAUAGUAAUAAAGGCAGAUAUGAGCGUGGGAGAUGUAUAAGUAAAUUGAUCACACAUUUGAUUGGCUACACGAUCUUUCUCAAAUGAGCGAAGAACGACGUGUCGGUCGACAUUUGUCUCGCAAUAUCGUGACGUCGAAUUUCCGAAAGUACCGUCCAACUGACAAUGUCGAGUCGUCAAUUCUUAUAGUGUCUUAUUCUCAAAUAUUUUGAUUUCUACUGUGAAUCGAAUCAUCGAAUACUUCGUUACCUAUAUACAUAUGUUUGAGUUCUGGUAAAAUAUUUAUUAAUUUGCAGAAAGAGCAUUCUACGGUAAAAAGAAAGAAAAAGAAUAUCGAGUAAGAGUUCGUUUAUUUAUGUAUGUUGUAAUCGAGUAGAAAUUUCAAUCACGAUCAAGAGUAAAAUUCGGCAACAUGGUUUGAGAGAAAUAUUCGUUAGUCAGAUCGAUGUAAAUGAUAGAAAGCGUAAAAUGGGUGCAUCGUAUCAUUCACAAAUAUCACAUUUCAUAAUAACGAUUCGCAUCAUCGACUCACUAGAGUACUUUCUAAUGUAUGAAUCCUUUCCUUUUUUUUUUUUUUUUUUUUUUUUUUAAAAUAAGAUAAUGACAUGUAAGAUUUCUCAUUGCGAUAUCUUAAUAAUGUGUAAGGUAUUAAAAAAUAACAGAUAUUUCAAUUACUUUAUACAUAUUACUUUGAGUAAAUAAAUUAAAUCAGAUUUAUACGAAUUACUAUCUCUUUCAAUCGUUACAAUUACGCUGUGAAAGUAUAGACGAAUGGCCUAGAGAUUGGAAUAGUGUAAGUAUAACUGUUUGUACAUUCGGAAUCAUUUGUCAUUUCAGAGAACGAGUAUGUGCUAUAUAAAAAUUCCUAACCCCUUGGUGUACUAUAAAAGGUGCAACAUGUAUCAUUAAAAAUUGUUUAAUAUAUUCGGUACAUCAUAAA